AUGGAGAGCACGGCGGCGCACCACGACGGCGUGAUCAGCCUCGACCUCCGCCUCCGCCUCCAGACGCCGUCGCUCCCCACCGGCGACAUCGACCGCCCUACCGCCAUCGCCAUCGCCAUCGCCCGGGACGAGGCGUCCUUCGCGUGCGACUACUGCGACCGCAGGUUCUUCAGCAGGAAGGCGCUCGGCGGCCACCAGAACGCGCACCGGCUCGGCCGCGCCUUUGCGAGGCGCGACGCUGCCGCCACCCCGGCGCUGGCGCCGCCCGUUCUCGCACACUGGCUCCACGCCCGCCGCGAGCAGCUCUGGAGGGCGUACCUUGCUUCGGCAGCGGUGAACUGGGCCUGGCCUACCUCGGAGCAUAACGACGGAGAAGCGGCCGCCGCACCGGAGCUGGACUUGUCGCUCAAGCUCUAG